AUGGGUUGCGCCUCAUCUAAACAAAUUGAGGCCGGAACUGUCGAUGUUUACCGUCCGGCCUCCACCAGUUUCGCUGUUUUCGACAUCCACGCCAUCAAAGAGCCAUGGCUAGCAGGAGAAGAACAAGAGGAUGAUGGGAAGCCUCAGCCGGAAAAACCCGUCACUCACUUGCCGGCCCCGAUCCUCGAGAAGCUCGAUAACGACGAAGAUCCUCCGCGGUCAUGGGAUGAAGUCAGCAAGGAGUUGGAAGACUUAAAACCCACCCUAAACUCUCCUGUACCUCCACCGCCUCUUCCAACCCCAGCCGAAACAUCGCCUGCACCGACGCCGAUGCCGGCGAAAAAGGUUAAACGCAGGAGCUUCUCUUUCCACACACUUGAAGAACUCGAAAAGAACACAAAGGCCGCAAACAAACCAACAUCCACGUUGAAGAAAACCGAGUCGUCUAACGAGUUGACGAAAUUUGGUUCCCGGUUGAGGCGAACGGAUCCGGGUACCAAAUCCAUAUCAGAGACAGGGUCCAUAUCAAUGCAACCUCCAUUGACAGACGGAUACAAAUCAUUGAAAGAAAACCCGUUUUUAUUAAGAGAUCAGAUGGAAAGAGAUAAACAAGGCUUACCGCCACUUUUCAUUAAGCGGGACCCACUUGAGGAUUACCAAGAAAUCUGUCCACCGGGAGGGUCGGAAAAGGUGGUUAUCUACACGACGUCGUUGGGUGGGAUCCGAAGGACAUAUGAGGACUGUAACCAGGUCAGAUCCAUCAUGGAGCUCCAUGGGUUUGUGUAUGAGGAACGGGACGUAUCAUUACACGGCGAGUUCCGGACUCAGUUGAAAGAGUUACUUGGUGAGUUCGCGAGUGUCCCGAGGAUGUUUGUUAAGGGUAGAUACAUAGGGGGUGUAGAUGAGAUUGUUGGAUUGAACGAGACGGGUCGACUCAGGAGGAUACUGAGUCGAGUUGGCAUUGAGAAACAGGUGGGUAGGCAAGCUUGUGAAGGGUGCGGUGGUGCUAGGUUCGUACCUUGUGUGGACUGCGGAGGGAGUUGUAAGGUUGUGGUCGGAGAUAAGAAAGAAAAAGAAAGGUGUCCCGAAUGCAAUGAAAAUGGACUCAUUUAUUGUCCUAUGUGUUCAUGA